GGAUGCCUUUAUGGGAGGACCUCAUCACGAAAGCUACGAAACUUCACUCGUCGCUCAAGGCGACAAUCUUGUCGGUCACAGCCUAUUUGGAAGCGUUCCAAAAAAUCGCAGACUCCGCCACCAACGCUCGAGGAGCCACUCGAGAAAUUGGAACAGCACUGACUCGGAUAUGCUUAAGACAUAAGGCGGUUGAGGCUCGAAUAAAGAAUUUCACAAGCGUUAUCAUGGAAUGUCUCAUUCUACCGCUUCAGGAUAAGCUGGAAGAGUGGAAGAAGACCGUUCUCUAUAAAUAUCUUGCUGAUAAUAAAUUCUACCAUAAUUUUACAAUGGAAUUUUACACUUUACCAUAA